CAGAAACAAGAUAGCCAUGGCCACAGAAAUUGGCUCCCCGCCACGAUUUUUCCAUAUGCCGAGGUUCCAGCACCAGGCGCCUCGGCAGUUGUUCUACAAAAGACCUGAUUUUGCACAGCAGCAAGCAAUGCAACAGCUUACUUUUGAUGGAAAGCGGAUGAGAAAAGCUGUGAACCGAAAGACCAUAGACUACAAUCCCUCUGUAAUUAAAUAUUUGGAGAAUAGAAUAUGGCAGAGAGACCAGCGUGAUAUGCGAGCAAUCCAGCCUGAUGCGGGAUAUUACAAUGACUUGGUUCCUCCUAUAGGAAUGCUGAACAACCCUAUGAAUGCUGUAACUACAAAAUUUGUUCGGACAUCUACUAAUAAAGUAAAAUGCCCAGUGUUUGUUGUCAGGUGGACUCCUGAGGGGAGACGCUUGGUCACUGGUGCAUCUAGUGGAGAGUUCACUUUAUGGAAUGGACUGACUUUCAAUUUUGAAACGAUAUUGCAGGCUCACGACAGCCCUGUAAGGGCUAUGACUUGGUCACACAAUGAUAUGUGGAUGCUGACAGCAGACCACGGGGGAUAUGUGAAAUACUGGCAGUCCAACAUGAACAACGUCAAGAUGUUCCAGGCACAUAAGGAGGCGAUUAGAGAGGCCAGUUUCUCACCCACGGAUAAUAAAUUUGCUACAUGCUCUGACGACGGCACUGUUAGAAUCUGGGACUUUCUACGUUGCCAUGAGGAGAGAAUUCUUCGAGGACAUGGAGCAGACGUGAAAUGUGUUGACUGGCAUCCAACAAAGGGAUUAGUUGUAUCGGGAAGUAAAGACAGCCAACAGCCUAUCAAAUUCUGGGAUCCAAAGACUGGCCAGAGCCUUGCCACACUACACGCUCAUAAAAACACAGUGAUGGAGGUGAAACUGAAUCUGAAUGGCAACUGGCUGCUAACAGCUUCUCGUGACCAUCUCUGUAAGCUCUUUGACAUUCGUAAUCUGAAAGAAGAACUUCAGGUCUUCAGAGGUCACAAGAAGGAGGCCACAGCUGUGGCCUGGCAUCCUGUUCAUGAAGGGCUGUUUGCCAGUGGAGGAUCUGAUGGCUCUUUGUUGUUCUGGCAUGUUGGGGUUGAGAAGGAGGUUGGUGGAAUGGAAAUGGCCCAUGAGGGCAUGAUCUGGAGUCUGGCAUGGCAUCCCCUUGGACACAUUCUCUGUUCAGGCUCAAAUGAUCACACCAGCAAGUUUUGGACUCGAAAUCGGCCUGGAGAUAAAAUGCGAGAUCGUUACAACUUGAAUCUGCUGCCUGGGAUGUCAGAGGAUGGUGUGGAAUACGAUGAUCUGGAACCCAACAGCCUAGCAGUUAUUCCUGGAAUGGGAAUACCUGAACAAUUGAAAAUAGCCAUGGAGCAAGAGCAGAUGGGGAAAGAUGAUUCCAAUGAUAUUGAAAUGACAAUCCCAGGACUGGACUGGGGAAUGGAGGAAGUAAUGCAAAAGGACCAAAAGAAGGUGCCACAGAAAAAAGUACCCUAUGCAAAACCAAUACCAGCACAGUUUCAGCAGGCAUGGAUGCAGAAUAAAGUUCCUUUGCCUCCCCCACCUGAGCCAUUGAAUGAUAGAAAGGAAGAUAUUAAGCUGGAGGAGAAAAAGAAGACACAGGCAGAGAUUGAACAGGAAAUGGCAGCACUUCAGUACACAAACCCACAACUCUUGGAGCAAUUGAAGAUUGAGAGACUUGCCCAAAAGCAAGCUGAGCAAGUGCAGCCACCACCUCCCGGAGGCUCUCUUCAUGGUCCCCAGCCUUUUCCUGGGCAAGGCCCGAUGUCACAGAUGCCUCAAGGAUUUCAGCAACCCCUUCCACCUCAGCAGAUGCCAAUGAAUAUGCCUCAGAUGGGACCUCCUGGUCCACAAGGACAGUUCAGACCUCCAGGACCCCAAGGACAAAUGGGACCUCAAGGUCCUCCAUUACACCAAGGAGGUGGAGGUCCACAAGGGUUCAUGGGACCACAAGGACCUCCAGGCCCCCAAGGGCCUCCACAAGGAAUGCCACGGCCUCAGGAUUUACAUGGACAUCAAGGAAUGCAAAGACAUCCUGGCCCUCAUGGGCCGAUGGGGCCUCCGGGUCCACAGGGCAGUGGCGGCCCACAAGGCCAUUUAGGACCACAGGGUCUGCCUGGGUCUCAGACUCAUUUAGGCCCACAGGGUCCUCCUGGCCCACAGGGUCACUUGGGCCCUCAAGGUCCCCCUGGGGGUCAAGGAAUGCAAGGGCCACCUGGCCCCCGAGGAAUGCAAGGACCUCUUCCUCAUGGCAUGCAAGGAACUCCAGGAUCUCAAGGGAUGCAGGGCCCUAUAUCUCAAGGGCCUUUGAUGGGACUUAAUCCAAGAGGGAUGCAGGGUCCACCAGGACCCAGAGAUAACCAGGGACCUACUCCACAGGGCAUGAUGAUGGGUCAUCCGCAAGAAAUGAGAGGUCCUCAUAUGCAAAGUGGUUUACUAGGACAUGGUCCCCAGGAGAUGAGGGGGCUCCAGGGACCCCCGCCUCAAGGUACAAUGUUAGGACCGCCACAAGAAUUGCGUGGGCCACCGGGUCCACAAGGCCAGCAGGGACCUCCGCAAGGCUCUCUAGUAGGACCUCAAGGAAACAUGCAAGGACCUCAGGGACAACCGAACCCGUCAAGGGGGCCGCACCCUUCCCAGGGCCCUCUGCCUUUCCAGCAGCAGAAAACGCCUCUGUUGGGUGAUGGGCCUCGUCCCCCGUUUAAUCAGGACGGACAGAACGCGGGACCUCCACCACUGAUACCAGGACUGGGGCAGCAGGGAGGACAAGGUCGUCUUGGCCCUCACAACCAGGGACCUGGCCUUAAUAAAGGUGACUCCCGUGGUCCACCAAACCAUCACAUGGGCCCUCUCUCAGAUAGAAGGCACGACCAGAACAGUGGUGGUCCUGAUCAUGGGCCUGAGAGAGGGUUGUUUCGCGGUGGCCAGGAGUGGGGUGAUGGUAGAGACAGCAGGGGCAUGCCAGAUAGACGAGGACCUCACCCAGAUUUCCAUGAUGACUUUGAUCGACCAGAUGACUUCCGUGACGACUUCCAUCCGGAUAAGAGAUUUGGCCAUCGAUUACGGGAAUUUGAAGGGAGAGGAGGCCCACCACUGCAAGAUGAAAAAUGGAGACGAGGUGGACCUGGGCCUCCAUUUCCUCCUGAUCACCGAGAAUUUGAAGGAGGGGGUUCAAACCGUGGGCCUCCCGGCGCUUGGGAAGGACGGAGACCUUCAGAUGAUAGAUAUCCACGGGAUCCUGAGGACGCAAGGUUCCGAGGAAGACGAGAUGAGAGCUUCCGAAGAGGAGGACCCUCGAGACAUGAGGGCCGGGGACCCAGGGGGAGAGAUGGCUUUCCUGGCCCUGAAGAUUUUGGGCCAGAUGACACUUUUGACUCUCCAGAUGAAAACUCAAGAGGAAGGGACCAUGGUGUUCGGGGGCGAGGUCGUGGUUCUCUUAGAGGAAGCCGGAAGGGUUUGCUUCCUACUCCAGAUGAAUUUCCACGCUUUGAAGGAGGACGGAAACCAGAAUCCUGGGACGGAAACAGAGAACCAGGUAAAAAAAAUGGGGAGGUUUAUUUUAGAUCAGGUCCUCGUCCAGAUCACCCUCCUCAUGACAGGCAUUCUCCGGCAAACAGAGAACGUUCUUCUUCGCUCCAGGGCAUGGACAUGGCCUCAUUGCCACCACGUAAACGUCCCUGGCAUGAUGGACCAGGGACCUCUGACCACAGAGAAAUGGAUGCUCCAGGUGGACCCCCAGAGGAGAGGGGCAAAGGACGAGGAAACUCCGGACCUUCACAGAGAGCACCAAAAUCUGGAAGGUCUAGUUCUUUAGAUGGAGACCAUCACGAUGGAUUCCACCGGGAUGAAGCUUUUGGUGGAGGCCCUUCAGGAGGCAAUAAUCCUUCUAGAGGAGGAAGGAGUGGAAGUAACUGGGGGAGAGGAAAUAACAUGAACUCUGGUCAGUCAAGAAGAGGAGCAUCUAGGGGUGGCGGAAGAGGCCGAUAGAAGAGGCUUUGACUGGGUUACACCCAGUCCCUGCUGGACAAUAUUUAAAUAAACUGCUACUCUGGACUCAUAAAGUAACCUUGCAACACCACAGACCUGGAUUCUUAACUGGGAUAACUGAAUGUGCAUUACUUCCUAACAGGUGUCUUUUCUUAGACCAACCAACUGCUGCUAGCUGCAGUAUUGUAGCUAGCUUUCUGUUUUGUCCUCUCCACCUCUUUUCCCUCAUCUUCUUUUACCUGCUUUGUUUUGUGAAGAGAUGGAGGUUUUUUUUAAGUGUUGUGAGACAUGGAGCACCUCCACAGAUUUCAGUUCACCUCCAGGCAGAAACUUGUUUCUAUAUGUACAGUUUGUUGGAAGAGUUACAUUGGUUUUGUAUGAAUACAGAAUGUAAUUUGCG